UUCUACAAGGAGCACUACACAGCACUAUACCAGCUGUUGUGUUCCUGCCUUGAAACACCAAACAGCUACCAACUAUAUCCAACAUGAAUCUGAUGCUGACUGUCUGUCUGGCUUCUGUUCUGCUCUACACAGCUGAGUCACUGCGCUGCCAUCAGUGCACCAAUGAAUCAUGUUCCAACUCAACCUCAGUGCUGUGUCCUCUCACAAGUACAGUAUGCAGAACUAUCACUUCAGUGAGGCUGACCAAUACAAUUGCUAGCGUGACAGUUGGAAAAAACUGUUCCUCGCUGCUGUCCUGCAUCACUCCCAACAACGUUGAAACUGAAUGGUCUGUGAACCAAGGUUUUAAAAAAGAAGCCCACACACAGAAAUGCUGCGCAACUGAUAACUGCAACCUCGGGACCCUGGCUGUUCCCAAUCUUUUAACGAAUGGGAAGCAGUGUGUUGCAUGUGCAAGCUCAGCUGACAGCAUGGCAGGAACCUGCAACACCACUCUGUCCUGUGCAGGAGUUGAGGACCGUUGCUUCAAUGGCACCACAAUGUCAAACUCUACAGAGAUGUUGGAGCUCGGCUGUAUAUCCAGUAACCUCUGUGGUAUCCCGCUCAUCCUGGAAGCUGUGCUCGGUGAAAACACCGCGGUCACCUGUGGAGCACCAUGGACCAUCAGCAUCAGUGGCCUCCUGCUGACCUUUGCUCUCACAGCAUGUAAAGCCCUUGUUUAGAGAAUAAACAUGCUCAAACACACAUUCAGAAAGACAUCUCUGUAAUGGUUCAUUGAGUUAUGUGAUGAUGUCGUCUGUGUGCCACAGUAACACCCACAUGCACACAGAUAACAUCACGCACAUGCAUAACAGCACACCCAUACACAGAGAAAGAUGUUAUCACACGGAGAAGUCACAGACUUACAGGCAGACACUAAUGCUUGAUGAAAGAGUUGGGGAAAACUGUUCAAGCCAGGCCAAGCACGAAGAUACCAGGACGCACGCUGAGCGACAACUUGUCAGUCAACUCUUCAUGUCAGAGACAUUAAUACACUCAAAUCCCUGCAGCUGGGAAAGCUGAGCACAGUCUUGAGGAGUGCUUCUGGUUUAUGACAUAACGUACUUCUCUGCGGGAGACACACCAUGGCAGAUCAGUGUGCAGCUGAGCAGAACAGCUUUUAACAUUUUGUUUCAGACCAUACAUGUGUGAUCGCUACUGCUGUGUUAUUUCUAUAAUUAAAUGACUUCUA